CUACGACCAAAACGGCAACGGAAACUCUUGAUUUAUGUUCUGAUUAUCUAUGUGGUUUCUGUCCUUAUGACCUUUACAAAUACAAAAAUAAUUCCAGCCACUUGUCCAAGGACUCAUUCUGACGAAGCUAAGCAAGUAUACUAUGAAAGUGUCAGUAGCAACCCAGAAAUAUCACUCUUGAAUGAACAUUUAAGAAGCUUGGAAAAUCACCUAGAAGAAAAAGACAAACGAAUAGAACAAGGACGGAUAUGGAUGGCAACACAAACUGGGGAUAAUUUGGAGGCAUUAGAAAAUGAGAUCAUACAAAUUGAAUUGGAUACCGCUAAAUAUGAAAAGCAAAUACAUACAAACGACUUUACUCCCAAUCAAAGGAUACAAAAUCAACUAAUAGAAAAUCAAAAACGACUUCAGGAACAAUUGCGACAACUAUCAGUACCACCUACAGAAAAUAACGAACAAGAAUUGAAUAUUUGUGAUACUGAUGGUUGUUUUCUGAAAUCAAACAUGACAGAUAAAGAAAUGGCUCAACAUGUAUCAUCACCAGUUCAUCAAGCAUACAUCAAAAUACAAUCAAAGACAGAAGCAAUAAGGCAACAAUUGACCAACAGACCUACUAUCAAGUUUUGAUCCAAUUCUUCGUAGUUUGAAUGCUGACGAAAGUAGAGAAAACUUACUUGCUGGAGCGGCUACUAUAUCUGCAGAUACAGACCUUGAAAGUGGACAAACGCGACCUCUACCUC